AUGAAUAAGCGCGAUCGUCGCUUUCAACGCAUGUUAUAUCGUUUUCACCCGCAAGAAGAACUUACCGAAUAUGAAUUUAAUAGGGUUUGUUUUGGACUUAGGUCCAGCCCGUAUCACGCGCUCCGUGUCAUUCAGCAACUCAUUGCGGAUGAUGGAGAUUCAUUUCGGUUAGCAAAGAUAAUUGCUUCUCGCUAUAUCUAUAUGGACGAUAUCGUUUUUAGUGUUAUGUCGGAGGAGGAAGCUGCAUCAGCUGCUAAUGAGCUGAUUGAGUUAUUUAAACGUGCGCAGUUCGAUUUAGUAAAAUGGACAUGUAAUUCCGACUCGGUCUUAAGCGCUCUGCCUUCGUCAUAUAAGAUGUCUGAACCUCUUGAAUUUGAUAAAACCGUUCAAUUUAAAAUUUUGGGCUUGAGUUGGGAUAAAUCUCGCGAUUGUUUUGAAUUUAAAGUAACCAAGCUUGACGAAAGGUGUUCAAAACGAAUCAUUUUAGCCACUGUAGCUAGAAUUUGGGACAUAAUGGGCUUCGUAGCGCCUGUUGUUCUCUUCGCUAAACUUCUCAUAAAGGAUUUGUGGCUAUUGAAACUUGAUUGGGACGAUUGUCCGCCCCAGCAAAUAGUCGAAACCUGGAAAAGGUUUUGUAUAGAGUUACCGCUACUCAAUGACGUCAAAAUACCGCGACAUUUGGGGGUCUUCGAACAUUGCGUUGUACGACUGGUCGGCUUUUCUGAUGCUAGUGAGCGUGCUUAUGGAGCAGUGGUAUACGCCCAUAUUACUCAAGCAAGCCAGGUUACGACGCGACUCGUCUGCGCCAAGUCAAAGGUCUCACCAAUGAAGCCUUUGUCUAUUGCACGUCUCGAACUCUGUGCUGCCGAAUUACUGGCAAGACUAAUUAAACGCGUGCAUGACACCUACGAUUCACGCUAUCAUAUUAGUGAUAUGUACGCGUUCACAGACUCAAUGGUCACACUUUGUUGGAUAAACUCUUCUCCGCACCGCUGGCAAACUUUUGUCGCUAACCGCGUCGUCAAGAUUAUUGACAAUUUACCAGCCGCUAAUUUUCAUCACGUUGCGGGAAUAGAUAAUCCAGCUGAUUGUUUAUCGAGAGGUCUUACACCCGAAAGGCUAAUAUCUCAUCCAUUAUGGUCACAAGGUCCGUCCUGGCUCGCGCAAGACCUCUCACUGUGGCCUAUCACUAAUACAGACCAUAAUACUAUAGCGCUAGACAACGUACCGGAAGAGAAAAUAACCGCACACCCCAUUACUACGUCAGAACCAGAAACGUCCUUAGUUCAAGAUCUUAAUAAACGCAUCUCCUCCUGGAGUAGACUCACGCGUAUCCUUGUUUAUGUCUGCAGAUUUAUAAAUAAACUACCCCGUUCCGGUUCGAUAGCAGUUACCGCGUUCGAUAUAAGCGCCGCAGAGCAUAUGAUAAUAGGCGAUAUUCAAAAAAGACAUGUUGCAUUCGACAUUAGACAGCUGGGAGCCGGUAGUAAUUGCUCGCCCGCGCUAAUGAAGCUUAAGCCAUUUUUAUGCGAUGGCCUCAUCCACGUUGGUGGCCGCCUUACCAACUCCGCUGAAAGUUCAGAAUACAAAUUUCCGAUUAUUUUACCGCGUCAUGACGCUCUUGUAGAGUCUUUGAUCGACUACUAUCACAAGAAAUAUUUACAUGCCGGCCCAGAGCUGCUCAUGUCUUUGUUAAGACAACGAUUUUGGAUCUUGUCCGCUAGACGAAUUAUUCGGUCUAGAAUUAAUAAGUGUAACACUUGCUUUAAAUUAAAACCGCGCCCGCGAUUUUCUUUAAUGUCUGCUCUGCCGGGACAUAGAGUCACGCAAGCGGAGAAAGCUUUCGCUCAUACUGGCUGUGAUUAUUGCGGCCCUAUAUUGUAUACGCCCAUACGAGCUCGAGUUCGUGUCGCUACAGUAAAAACGGCAAGGGGUACACUCGUGCGACCAGUGGUGCGCUUGUGUCCGUUACCUACACAAUAA